AUGGAAGUCCUAUCUAAGGAAGGUUACAUACCUCGAAUGGAGAUUGGAGAACUAGGCUUCUGUGAGAGCUGCGUCCUGGGGAAGUCUCACAAGCAGAGCUUCCCGAAAGCCAAACACACUACUAAAGGGAUCCUUGAGUACGUUCACUCGGAUCUAUGGGGUUCACCGUCAACUCCAGAGAGUCUCGGUGGUGCAAAGUACUUCAUCAGCUUCAUCGAUGAUUACUCAAAGAAGCUUUGGGUUUAUUUCCUGCGAACAAAGGAUGAGGCAUUCAGUAAGUUCAAAGAAUGGAAAGAAGCUGUUGAAAGUCACACUGAGAAGAAGAUAAAGUGUUUGAGAACAGAUAAUGGUUUGGAAUUCUGCAAUACCUUGUUUGACGACUUGUGCAGAAAGUCUGGAAUUAAGCGCCAUCGAACCUGUACCUACACCCCACAACAAAACGGAGUAUCAGAAAGGAUGAACAGAACCAUUAUGGAUAAAGUGAGAAGUAUGCUAGUUGAGACAGGAUUGGGACAAGAGUUUUGGGCUGAAGCUACAUCUACGGCUGUGUAUCUGAUAAACAGGACACCUAAUUCUACAAUUGAGUUUCAAUUACCAGAGGAGAGGUGGUCUGGUCAAAAGCCUGAUCUCACACACCUAAGAAGGUUCGGGUGUACAGCUUACGUUCACACUAUUCAGGAAAAGAUAAGUCCUAGAGCUGUAAAAGGCACUUUCCUAGGCUAUCCGUUUGGUGUUAAGGGUUACAGGGUCUGGAUUCCAGAAGAUGGAAAGUGUACGACUAGCAGGAAUGUUGUUUUUAAGGAGGAUGAAGUUUACAAGGAUCUAAACAGUUCUAGCAAUCUACGUGGAGCUACUUCUUCAGGUGGAGCUACCACUCCUUCCUCAGUUGAUCCCAUUGAUGUUACCUCGGAUGAUGAAGAAGAAGGAUUAAUAUUCAAUGAGGAAGAAGAAGAAAAUGAGACUGAAACACUAAACAAGAUGAUGAUUACCUCUGAAGACAUUGAAACGGAGAAUCCUAAGUCAAUGGACAGAAGCAAGAAAAGUCCUAAUUGGAAAUUAUGGCAUAAUGCAGCAGAUGAUGAGAUGACUUCAUUGAUAAAGAAUCAUACCUGGGAUUUGAUUGAGAAACCGGAAGAUGCCAGGGUUGUAGGCAGUAAAUGGAUCUUUACAGUGAAAUCAGGGAUUCCAGGGGUUGAGGCAAAAGGCACAAGGCAAGCGGUUGUUAACAGAGACUAUGAGCUAGAACAGAUGGAUGUCAAGACUGCAUUUCUACACGGUGACUUAGAAGAAAGGAUACUAAUGAAGCAACCAGAAGGUUUCAUUAAGAAAGGAGAUGAAAACAAAAGCGAGUAUGAUCAGUGUGUCUACAUGCGCAACAUUCAGAAUGAAAAUGCAGUCUACUUACUUCUCUAUGUGGAUGAUAUGCUAAUUGCAUCAGGCAGUUUGUCAGAGAUCAGAUUGGUAAAAGACAGUUUGAGCUCUAAGUUCGAAAUGAAAGACAUGGAUGCUACAACAACAACAACUCCACUUGCUACUCAUUUCAAGCUAAAAAGUUUAACUAAAGCAGAGAAAUUAGAGGAAGCAGUUCAUAUGGAGAAUACACCCUAUGCUAGUGCAGUGGGAAGUUUGAUGUAUGCAAUGAUUGGUUCAAGGCCAGACUUAGCAUAUGCAGUUGGGGUUAUAAGCAGGUUCAUGUCAAAUCCAGGGAGAGGUCAUUGGACAGCAGUGAAAUGGGUUUUACGCUACCUAAGAGACUAUGCAACGGAUAUUGACAGAAGAAGGUCAGUGACUGGGUAUAUCUUUCAAGUCUGGGGUAAUACAGUUUCAUGGCGUUCUAAUCUACAGUCUGUGGUAGCCCUAUCAACUACUGAAGCUGAGUACAUGGCCCUAUCUUCAGCAGUAAGAGAGGCUAUAUGGUUAAAGGGUUUAUGCAGUGAGUUGGGUUUUGAUGCAGGUGCAGUUAAAAUUCAUUGUGAUUCACAGAGUGCACUAGCUCUAGCUAAGAACUCAGUUUAUCACGAAAGGACUAAGCAUAUUGCUACAAAGUAUCAUUUCAUCAGAGAUAUAGUAGCAGAAGGCACAGUCAAGUUGUACAAGAUACACACAAGCAAGAAUCCGGCGGAUUUCCUAACUAAGGCCUUACCUGGGCCAAAGUUUGAGCUCUGCCUGAGCUUGCAAAAGUCGCCUGAGAAGCUUGAAGGCUCCAGUUCCAGGUGGAGUAUCUGUGAAGAGAAGAUCAGAGGAAAGUCAGUUUUGGUUCAUCAGUCUGGGUUUUCUGGGUUUUCGUCAGAUCAGAGGAAAGUGUUUGCGAGAAAGGGUUUCUGGGUUUCUAGUUGUGGUUACCUAGGUUUUCUGAGCAGAGGAGAAAAAGAAAAGGAGAGUCAAACGGGCAUGAGGAAUCGAUCGGUGCUUAGUGCGGAGAUCGAUAGGCCUCGAGAAGAUACUGUGAUGAUUCCAGUGCCGGAGUGCAUGGUUUACCGGCGGAUGCGAGCUGAUUCAAAGUCGCCGCAUCAGUUCACUAUCGCGGAGAGAGAGAAGCGGAGAAGUCGAGAGUGUUAG